UUUUUAACUUAAUUGAUGGAGUAAUGUCAACGUUAACUGCUGUCAUCAUUAAUUAUCGUUACAUACAGUGAAAAGCUGUUUUACGUCAGCUCUAGUCACGCCUUGUUCCUAGAGGCAUGCCACUGGGUCCCGUCGACAUGUUCAGAUACGGAAUGCAGGGGAUUCCCCCCUUUCCCUGGUAUUGGGAAGAAUGGAAACCACAACAGCCACUUGUUAGGAAAGUACCGCAGUACAGUCUGGUUAGCGAUGUAGUUGAUGGGGACCCAUUCUCUCCAACGCCUAGUCCACUAUCUCCCAAGCACAGCAAGCACCGACCCAAGGAGAUGUCAUUUGACAAAGUGUUUGAUCCCUACCAAGUAUUUGAGGUGGAACACAAGCCAUGCCUAAUCCUCACAGUUCGGGUCCUGUGUGGACGCAACAUCACAAAAGGAUGGAUGGACAUACUGGAUACUCCAGACCCCUACAUAGUUUUAAGAAUUCGGACAGCCCCUGAAGGUCGCCGAAGGACUGCUGCCAUUGACAAUGAGGUUAACCCUGUCUGGGCCGAAGAAUUCACCUACCUCCUGGAUGAAAAUGAACACAAUGAAAUCCAAAUAGCACUGAUGGAGGCUAAUCCCGGCCAGUUUGAUCAGAAGAUUGGGGAUGUCUGGUUCGAUCUCACAGAAAUACCUAAAGGCAAAUUAGUACAGAAAACCUUCAUCUUUAAUGAUGUAUCAGAAGUCGAUAUGGAGUUUGAAACACAUAUUGACCAAGAUCCCACGUUACGCUACAGCUUGUGUCUUUGUGACGAGGAAAAAGAAUUCAUUAUGCGAAGAAAGGAGCGAGUGCGCGAGAGGAUGGCUGAAAUCCUUGGUGACAAAGGUCCUAUGUCCAUCGAUGAGGUUCCUUUGAUAGGAGUUAUUGGGUCAGGAGGCGGCUUCCGGGCGAUGGUCGGCUACAGUGGAGUUGCUAAGGCCCUGGCGGACUCUGGGAUAAUGGACUGUGCAACUUACAUGGCCGGCCUCUCAGGAUCAUCAUGGUAUAUAUCAACUUUGUACUCCCAUAAAAACUGGCCGGAAAUGAACCCAGGAGACAUGCAAGAGGAACUGAAAAACAACAUUGAUUCUAGUCUGAUGUGGUUCCUGUCGCCACAGAGUAUAUAUAGAAAUCUGGACCUGAUUCUUCAGAAACGGAAAAACGGGCAACCAAUAAGCUUCACCGACAUUUUUGGACAUCUUGUUGGUGAAACUCUUAUAAAAGAUCGGUUGGACUUUAAGUUGACUGACAUGAAAGAAAAGAUAUCAGAUGGACAGCGACCUCUACCACUAAUGACCUGUGUCAAUGUGAAAAUGGACAGAUCUGCCAGAAGUUUCCAAGAAUGGGUAGAGUUUUCGCCUUUUGAGAUUGGGAUGCCAAAGUAUGGAACAUUUAUGAAAACCGAAAUGUUCGGCUGCAAGUUCUUUAUGGGAAAACUUUGCAAGCAAUUUCCAGAGCCCCCACUUCACUUCCUUCAAGGUAUAUGGGGAAGUGCAUUUUGUAUCCUGUUCAAGCGUCUUCUAGAUGACAACAGGAAACUAGACCCAGUUGAGAUGAUCCGACAGGAAAUGGUGAAGCAAAUCGAGGUGAACCAAGAGGAUGAAAGCAGCGACAGUAGUGAAGACGACGAAGAAGAUGAUACCCCAGAUGAGGUUAAACUACGACGGGAUGCGGCUACUCGCAACCGUUUCUCUUUCAGUGACGAGGCCCAGAAAAGACUUGCCAUGCAGAACGGAAAUGGACCAAAACCAAAGAUUAACCGGAAACAAACUGUUCGGCGUACAAAACAAAAAACCUACUGGCAAUCUUUUCUUACUGGAAUUCUAGAUAAAAAGGUAGAAGUACUGAAUACUCGAGCUGGACGUGCAGGCGUUGUACACAAUUUCAUGAGGGGAUUGUCUCUGCAACAAACGUUCCCGUUAUCACCCUUUACGCCUAGUGACAACAUAGGGGAAGCGAGAGUCAGCGAUGACUUCAGUGGCUUGCUGGAGAUGCACCCAACCAAUGUAAAGCAUCUGUACAUGGUUGAUGCUGGACUUACCUUCAACUCGCCUUACCCGCUAGUCCUUCGUCCACAGAGGUGCUGUAAUAUCAUUCUGUCCUUUGACUUUAGUGCCAGACCAGGGGACUCAACUCGUCCAUUCAAGGAACUUCUGUUAGCGGAAAAAUGGGCCAAACUGAAUAAACUUUCUUUCCCGCCAAUCGACUCCACAGUGUUUGAUAGAGAAGGCAUGAAAGAACUCUAUAUCUUCCGACAUCCGACUGACCCAUACUGUCCAGUCGUCCUCCACUUCGUCCUCGUCAACAUCGAGUUCAGGAAAUUCCUCAGUCCAGGUGUACCAAGAGUCACAGAAGAAGAACUUGAGUUCGCAAACUUCGACAUAUUUGAUGAUGCAGCCACACCCUAUUCAACAUUCAAUUUUAAAUAUUCACAUGAUGCAUUCAUGAAGUUAUCAAAACUUACCGAAUUCAACACCUUACUUCACAUAGAGGACAUAAAGACUGUGAUUGCAGAACAGGUCCAGAAAAAGCGAGAAAAUCCAACGAGAUUGCCGUGCUCACUGAAAGAAGUGAAUAACCUGCGCCGUGUCAGUGUGAAAAACAGGCAGAGGUUAAGCAGAUACUUGUCGCAAUUAGGCACCAGGCGAUCGCGUGUUACCAGUGCAGGGGAAGUGUUGUCAAGUAGCGGUGGUUCCCCCUCUAGUCCAAACCAGCACAUGAAUCUAGCCAAGUCUGAAAGCGAGGCGGGCUUCCGGAGGAACGUACCAGAAAGGAAACCCAUGGUCAAGAGCAAACGAAAGCUCGCAAACACGCGACGUAGUGAGUUCGCAGGACUUGGAGAAUUAUCCUCUCCUUUGGAAGAUGAUGAGUAUGAUGGCAAACCAAAGGAUGCAACACUUAGAAGUAGGCCAGGAAGGCUAGCGAAAACGAACACCAAGAUGGAAGGGGAGGAACAAUGGGAGGAUGCUACCUGUGAUUCUAUUGAUGAAGACAGUGACGAUGACCAAUUUUUCUCAGUCAGGUCAGAACCUCUCUGAUGAUCGUAUUAGGAUUGUUCAUCCAUCUACAGUCCUACAUUGAACUAAGAUGUUCUGUGUUUUUCUCAAAAAACACCUCCAAUGAUUGGGCUCCAUGUGUGUACGGUUACCUUAUCGAAAUAACCUGUUCAACGAUGGAUUGAGUUCACUUCAUGUCGAUUCCGUACGAGAUUGAUGACACCGACAGAAGUAUAUCUCAAACAUAACACCAUACAAAGUGAUUGUAUUAUCUGUUUGCGUAUGGAUGAGGACAAUAUACAUCCUCAAUUGAACUGGAGCUUUAUGUGUUUGUGAUAAGGAGAACGUCCAUUUCUGGAGGGAACGGAAAGCGUGUGAUCAUUUAAGAUUCCUUAUCCGGAAUUUCACUUUCAAUGACGGAAUAUCAACUAUUGCCGUUUUGGUCAAAUACACUUUGCAUACGUAUGUAUUGUUGGCCACUUGGUAAAGUCACAAACGAAUUAUCCAAAUGAUCAUCUAACAUCCAUUUUAAUCACUUCAUUAACAUGAUAGUCGGCAUCACUUUGACAGGGUUCAUGCUUUUUUUUUUUUUUUACAUAAGGCAUCAUUUUGACUCGAAUGGAAUCAGAUCAUACUGCAUUGUUGCUGUCCAAACAGUUUUCGUUUAUAGAAUAAGGACGGACUUCGUGAUCUUAUUUUGCUUAUUUGAUUAAGCCUUGGAAAAGCUUCAAUGCUUACGUGAACAUCUGCAGGCUCGUCAGGAUUUCUGUUAAAUAAACAAAGUCCUCAAGUCAUCUUCUGUAUAUAUAGAACUUUCAAAACGAUUGUUAUCACGAUAUAUUGCCAUGAUGCAAAUUAUUGCUCACUAUAAGCAAGUAUUGUAGUAGAUAGAUAACCUAGUCAAUUUGUGCGUUUUCUUUUGAACAUGGAAAUGAAUGACAUAAGGUGAGCUGUCAGGUAGUACACGUUUUUCAUGGACAAGUUAAACCAUUCUGUAACAAUUGAUAAAAAAUGUUAAUGACAAAAUGUUUACACCAGAAUGAUAUAAGAUUCUUGUUGGAGAGUGUCGAUGAAUUCAUCGGUUAGAGGGUAUAUGUGUGGGUUAGAGAAUAUGUAUUUCGGUUGAGAGUGCGUAUUGGUUAGAAAGUUGGUGUAUGGUUUAGAGAGUAUGUGUAUGUUUUAGAAAUUAAGUAUAUGGGUAAGAAAGUAUACAUGUUUGUAUCUAUAGAUGUUAAGGGGUUGUAUGUGAGAGUAUAUAUGCAAGUUGUAAAUAAGAGAAUAUGCAUUUAUGUGAUUGUGAGUUACCGAACGCUUAUGUAAUCAUCAAGUACUAUAUAUGCAUUUUAUCUGAGGGAAAGGACAAUAGUCGUCAUUAACAUGAAUAGCAGAAAAAGGAGACAUUGCACAUGCAAUAAUUUGCGAUUCAGAUACAGGGAACAUGUAUUAUAAGAAAUUAUGACCGACAUUUCCGGUAGAAAAGACUAGCGGAUAUAUAUGUGCAAUGAUACACAAGAGAGAAAGCACAACAAAUGGCAAGAAUAUAUCAUUAAAUGAUUAAGUUAUUAUGUUAUACUUCAUAGAUACGUGUUCCGUUUUUUAUUUGCAUUUUAAUUUUAUUACAAUUGUUCUCGAAUAAACACGAUUUUAAACAUUA